CUGUUGUAUUACAUGUUUCAUUUUGUAUUUAACUUUGAUGCACCCCUUGAAAUAUGAAAUUGAUGUAAAGAAGAUUUUCCGUGUAGAGUCAGUUGAUCCGGACGCGCGCAAGAAGCGGACACAAUAAAAUGUACUCGAUAAUGUAACUUGUUUUAUUCGAGAAGUAGAAUGUACCCAUGCUUGUGAGGAAGUACAACAUGGUGUCAGAAGCGGUCGCGUAGUGUUUGUUAAUCCGUCGGAAAGUUGUAGUAUCCGGAAAAGCGUUCCGUACGAACGGAAGAUUUCCUUCCGUUGUGGGCCUGCUGAUUGGGGCCAGUCUCGGGGCCAGCCUCGUUGUUCUCGCACCUCACGCGUUGGUGUGUGUGAUUCUUGAUCACCGUUGGAAACGAUUUCCACCAGACGGGUGUAGUAGUGAGCGGGAAUAAGUGCGGAAAAACCGUCGUGUUGUUUUUCGUAUUCGUGGACCGAGUAAACAAACAACAUGGAAGAAAUUCGUAAUCUGUUGGCGAGGCAAAACGAUUUGUUCGCUGCUUUAACUGAUCGAGUGAAUAACAUGCACGUGAAUGUGCCGGCAUCUCAGCCGGUUCCACAGCCUCCCCCGCUGUGUUUGGAAGGGGACAUGAGUGAGAACUUUGAUUUUUUCGAGCGUAAUUGGAACAAUUACGCCAGUGCAAUCGGUAUGAAUAAUUGGCCUGCAGACCAAAAUGCGAAGAAAGUUGGUUUUUUGCUAUCGGUUAUCGGUUUCGAUGCUCUCCGUAAAUAUUUUAAUUUCGAGCUAACCGAUCAACAACGGCAAUCGCCGGUUGCGGCUUUGGCUGCAAUCAAAGCUAAAGUGGUUCGUGCGCGGAAUAUGAACUUGGACCUGCUUGAGUUUCUAUCUGUCAAGCAGGAGUCUGAGUCGAUAGACGAGUUUUUAACGAAGUUGAGAGUGCUUGCGAAACCAUGCCAGUUGGGAGUUUUGGAAGAAAGGUUGCUCGCGUAUAAAGUGAUCACUGCCAAUAAAUGGCCACACCUACGAAAGCGAUUGAUUACCUGUGGCGAUAUUACGCUUGCCAAGGCGGUGGAUGAGUGCCGGCUGGAAGAGGUAUCGGUACCCCGCUUGAUGGCACUAGAAGCCGAGCGAGAAAAGGAAGUUAACUAUAUACGACCGAGAAAAGAAAAAAAUGAGAAGAAGUAUUGCAAGUUUUGUGGGGGGCGCCACAUCUUCGAAAAGGGGGUGUGCCCUGCGUUGGGGCAGAAGUGUCGAAAGUGUAAGGCAAAAAAUCAUUUUGAGAAGAUGUGCCCAACAAACAAGGGUGCUAUUAAGAAGCGAAAAGUGAAGCAAGUUUUGAAUAACUCAGACGAGAGUGAUGACAGUGAAUCAAUCGUGUACAGUGAAUCUGAAGAGUCGGGUGAAGAGCGCCAGAUUGGAAAAAUCUACAAUAAUGCUUCGAAAGGUGGACACGUCAUGGCUGAUCUUCAACUGAAAGUGGAUGGACGGUGGGAAAAAGUGAUUUGUGAACUCGAUACAGGCGCAAACACUAGCCUGAUCGGUUAUAACUGCCUGAGAAAACUGCUUGGGAAAAAGGAUCCGGAGCUUUUGCCAUCCGAAUUUAAACUACAGAGCUUUGGUGGUAAUCCGAUCCCUGUCCUCGGCGAAGUGAAACUACCGUGUCGACACAACGGACAGAGGGUCACGUUGGUUCUGCAAGUAGUGGACGUUGAUCACCGGCCGUUACUGUCAGCUAACGUGUGUGAUGUGUUGGGCUUGGUGAAAUUUUGUAAUACGGUGGCGUAUAAGCGACCCGAGAAGGCAACCGUUCCGUCAGACGUGUGGAAAAUUCACCGAAUCGAAGCGAAUCGUAUUGUGGAUGAGUACAGUGACGUGUUCGACGGUUACGGAAGCAUCGAAGGAGAAGUGAUACUAGAAGUCGACCCAGAUGUUCCACCGCUGAUCCAGCAGCCACGGCGAAUUCCAAUCGCGCUUCGGGGUAAACUGAAAAUGGAGCUGGAUAAUUUGGAAAAGAAUGGAAUCAUCGUCAAGGAACACCAGCAUACCAAAUGGGUUAGCAACAUUCUUUUGGUCAAUAGAACAUCAUCAGAAAAUGUGUUGGCAGAUGCGAUUUCUCGAGCACCUGAAGACCAUAAGGAAGGCACUUCGGAAUUCCAUAAACUCCACAUCUAUCGCGUGUUUGGUGAAGUGGAACAGAUCGACUUAAGCAGUUUCUUGAGCAUUUCGGAUGAUCGGAUCAACGAUAUUCUGGAAAAUACCGCCGAAGAUAGUGUUCUUCAGACUGUCAUCCUGUACACCAAGGAAGGUUGGCCGACAAGAAUCAGCGAAGUUCCAGAUCCGGUGAAGCUUUUUUUCAAGCAUCGCCAUGAAAUUUCGUGUCGAGAUGGUCUUGUGUUUCGCGGAGAUCGGGUUGUGAUUCCAACCGCCAUUCGUCGGAAGUUGAUCGAGAAACUUCACGUCGGACACCCAGGAAUUGAAGCUUCGCUCAGACUUGCGAGAUCCAAUAUCUUUUGGCCCGGAAUGAACGACCAAAUAAAGAAUCGCAUCCAAGAAUGUGGAACUUGCGCCAAGUUCGGUGCGUCUCAACGGAAACCUCCUAUGAAAUCUCAUCCCAUUCCCGUGUAUCCGUUCCAAUUGGUUUCAAUGGACGUCUUCUUUCAAGUGUACCAAGGAAAGCAACGGAUUUUUCUGGUGACUGUGGACCACUAUUCCGAUUAUUUUGAAAUAGACAUCCUCAAAGACCUAUCGUCGUCGUCCGUCAUUCAGGCAUGCAAACGUAACUUUGCCUGUCAUGGUACACCGCAAAUGAUUAUAACCGAUAAUGGGACGAAUUUUGUGAACGAAGAAAUGGUCAAGUUCAGCAAAUCAUGGGAUUUCAAGCAUUCUACUUCGGCGCCGUACCAUCAGCAAGCCAACGGUAAAGCUGAGGCAGCCGUUAAAAUCGCGAAGCAUCUCAUUACGAAGACAACAGAAGAUGGUCAAGAUCUGUGGUUGGCGUUACAGCUGUGGAGGAAUACACCAAACAACAUUGGCAGCAGUCCGGCGUCGAGAUUGUUCUCCCGUGGUACACGUUGCGGCAUUCCUAUGCCAGCCGCAAAUCUGGUACCAAACAUAGUCGAAGAUGUCCCUGAAGCCAUUUUGAAAAAUCGACAGAGGAUAAAGUAUAACUACGACAAACGUACUCGACGCCUACCGGAAAUAGACAUUGGCUCCCCAGUGUACGUCCAACUUCGACCGGAGACGUCAAAGCAGUGGACACCAGGAAUAGUUCACAACAAACUUGGUGAUCGAUCAUACUUGGUUGAAGUAGGUGGUACAAGCUAUCGACGCGAUUGCGUGAACGUAAAACCACGGAAAGAACCGGCAGCACCCCUUGCUACACCCCGUGACUGGUUACCCACCUUGUUACCUACAACGUCUGCACCACCCGGUUCGGCUCCGGAGACGGUUCCGGAAUCCAUCCCAUCUGUAAUACAAACUGAGGGGACCUCAGCAACUUCGGUAGCAGUUGAAUCCCAAGACUCUGGCGGUCCGCAACCGUUGGUGAGUUCUUCUACCGCAUCAACAGCAGUGCGUAGUGAGAGCCCACAAUUAGAUCGACCCAGACGUCAAUCGAAGAUACCCUCCAAGUUUAAAGAUUUUGUUGUAACAAUGAAGUAGCUUACAUUUCUUGUUUUGCAAAAAGGGGAGGAUGUUGUAUUACAUGUUUCAUUUUGUAUUUAACUUUGAUGCACCCCUUGAAAUAUGAAAUUGAUGUAAAGAAGAUUUUCCGUGUAGAGUCAGUUGAUCCGGACGCGCGCAAGAAGCGGACACAAUAAAAUGUACUCGAUAAUGUAACUUGUUUUAUUCGAGAAGUAGAAUGUACCCAUGCUUGUGAGGAAGUACA